AUGGCCGUGGCAGAUCCGCCAGCUGGUCUGAUGGACAUCGCCAGCAGCAUGUCUCGGGACGAAAUUCCCAUGAAGCUGCGAUGCGCCAUCUGCAACACGCUGGCGGUAAAUGCAUUUCGCCUGCCAUGCUGUGACCAGUCAAUCUGCGAAUCUUGCCAGACUUCCCUGCCUAAUACCUGUCCCGUUUGCGCACAUACUCCAGUCUCUCCAGAUCUAUGCAAGCCCAAUAAAGCACUGCGCACAACGCUGAAAGCAUACCUCCGGACUGAAGAGAAGAAACGUGAGAAGGAACGUCAAGCAGCCGCACCACCAACACCAACUGUACCGACACCAGUAGAGAGUGCGAAUACACCCACUGAUCCUACUACUGGCUCAGCCACAAUGGAGUCAGUGCCACAGGUAUCCCCCGGGGAGACCGACGCAGCAGUACCUCAGGAACCCGCAGGCGACCUGGCAGCCGAGAAUUUACCUGUGCAAAGUGAGAGCACGGGAGAUAUGAAUGGAGUUGAGUCACAACAGGCAAUAGAUAAGCCACAUGAGUCAUCUGAUGACCAGGACAUGCAUCCGGUUGAUCCCUUAGACGCGGAUGCUCCUGUUCACGAAGAUUCCACCAACACAGAUGGAACGGCUCCCAACGCAUCUGCCCCUUCGACGCAACAGGAGGGUGCUGAACCAGGUGACUCAGAUGCAACGAAUACAAAUACUAGUGGCUUCCCCGGUAUGGGAUGGAACAACACUAGUGGCACUGGUGGUAUGAAUGGAACAAAUGCCUUCAUGUCUAACUCAAUGUUUCCUUUUUCGAAUCAAAUGGGUAUGUCUGGGGCAAUGAAUCCGAUGGCCGCAAAUCAGGGGAUGUUCGGAGAUUACGGGAUGAACAUGACUGGUAUGGGCAUGAACAUGGGGAUGAACUACAACGGUCAGGGCAUGUAUGGUUCAUUAGGAUGGGACAACUUACAGCAAAACAUGUGGCAAGGUGGCCAAGGACAAGAUAAAUUCAAUCCAAAUGCUUUUGCAAAUGGCUCGGGCCCUCCGUAUGGAGGAGCAUUUGGCGGAUCUAAUAUGUCUUACCCUAACCCUGCCUUUCAGUCUGGUUACUACGGCUCAGGAUAUGGCCAUGGUGGGUUCCGAGGCCGAGGCCGUGGAUAUUACCAAGGCGCCUCUGGUCGAGGUGGAUUUGGAGGCCAUGGCCAAGGCCACUCUGCUCCAUUUACUAACUCUGGCGUCCCUGAUCGCCCGCUUCUGUCUGAUAACCCCCUGGAAGACUCCAAUGACAUAGCUGGUGGCGAGGAUUCUCAAGCGAUUAAAGGCGGUAGUACUGAGCCCACGACAGAUGCCAAUACCAACUCGGCAGAUAUGAAUGCGAAUGCGGAAGCUCCAUCAGCAGAAAAUGAUGCUCAACAGUUGCAGGGUAUCCCCACAAUUGAUAGCCUAAAUGAAUCUAUGCUCGGUGGACGAGGUGACUAUGAAGGACAUAUGGGCAUGGGGUAUCGCAGGGGCUACAUGCGAGAGCCACCCUUUUGGGGUAACCCGGGGAUUCAACCUCAUCUAGAAGGAACCAAUCCUGGGGUUGAAGGAGCACCUGCAGCGCCACGUGCAAUGAGAGAAGGAUUGCCUAAUACAAGUGUCUUGCGACAGCGAGGCUUUUAUCAAGGGAAUCCCUCGGCAGGAAACAAUAUGCCAGCGACAGCACAGAGCAGCAACCCCGAUACUCCUCAGGAUUCGGCCGCGACCAAUUCUCCAUCUCAAGGACCAUCUCAACCUCACCCGCCUAAAGGUCAAUCUUGGUCUCGAUCACCCUCACCACCCCGCCCAGAGUCCAUUGACAAUCUUCCUAAGACCGAUAGCUCCGCCCAAAAUCAGGGUCGGAAAAGGCGCAGCAGACAGAUGAAGACUUCUAAUACCGAGCACCGCUCUUUGUCGCCGACGGGACCUGGUUCAGACGCUUUCCGUGAUCGUGAACAGGAUCGGAAUGGUCGUACCAAAGAGAAACCCAAAAUCAACCCCAGUGAGCUCGCUGCUCGGAUUGGACACUCCCAUCGAACAAGUCGAGAUCGACCUGGCCAUCAGAAGGAUGACCGCGAUCGGGAGCGUGAGCGUGAAAAAGACCGGGAUCGAGAUCGAACCAGAGAUAGCCGCCAUCGUGACCAUGAUAGAGAUCAUGAUAGAGAGCGCGAAAAAGACCGCCGCGAUCGAGACCGUGAUUCGCAUAGAGACCGUCACCGAGACCGAGACCGUGACCGUGACCGUGACCGGGAUCGGGAUCGUGAUCGGGAUCGCCAGCGGGAACGUGAACGUGAACGCGACCGUGACCGAGGAAGUGGCCGAGACCGUGACAAGGACCGCAAGCGCUCACGCCGUGACCGAUCCGAGUCUGCCAAUGGCAGUGAAUAUUCUACCAACCCGCGAACUCGCCGUGUCAAAACCCACCACGAUGAUCCUCCCCGAAUCAGCGCGGCACCUUCUGCGGCAGCUGAAGAGAAGGACCCUCACACACUCGAGCGUGAAGCACGUAACCGUGAACGACUGCUCCGCGAGAAAGAGCGCCGUGAGAAAGCCAAAUCAGGCCAACGUCGUGGUAGUCGACAAGAACGUAUGGUGGCCGGCCGCCUCAUCAGCUGCAAGUACGAAGAUGAGCUUUAG